GUGUGUUUGCGACGCAUUCGAGACUUUACGCUACCAACUCGUUUCCUUUAUCAGAUUGUCAUAAUCUUACCACUUCGUUAAUACUGACUGCCGUUGGUUGUUUUGAUUAUUAAACGUGAGUAUAUCGCAUGUAAUCAGAGUCGUCGGCUAACUUUUUCUUUUAUUCUUUCAUCCAGAUUUCACCAUAAAUUGCUUCUUACACUCCUCCCAACACACAGAGUACUUUAAGUCUGGACGCACACCUGCAAAACGCUGAACGUCAUGAAGACAAAAGAGUCUCUGAAAAAACUACAGGAUGCUGAUAAAGUUUUCGAUUUAGUGCAAAGGCUUUCUUCAGAAGACAGUGCAGUUGCUAGCAUAGCUUGCAAAGAAGCCGAUGAUUUUCUCAAACAGAAGUGCAGUGAUGGCAAGUGCUAACGCCAGUUUCCUUUUUAUGGUAACUAUAGGUUUUGACAGAUCUGUUAUCAAUAAAUUGGACCAACCUUCAAAAAACUUAGGUAAUAAUUAUUGUUUGUGUCUUUCACUUGAAAUAUGUGCAUAGAAUUGUGUUUCUUGUGUUAUUUAGUGGCUUAUUCCUCUUUGACGGGAAACGAUCAAUAUUGGUUGGGUGCGCUAUGUGUCCUGUUUUUAGUGAUGCCACUUAAAAUAAGUUCAGGGCUAACAGACACGAUCUCAUUGUAAUUUUGACCAAUUUUGAUCCCUUAUUCACAUGGCGUACUCCUUAAAUACUUGAUAUUUUUAGUCCUUAGGAGGAGCUACUACACUGACAUUUUCACGUCGUACUCAUGAAGUUCUUGGAGUACUACUCUGAGGGCUGUUUUAGCAUUCAAUCUGGGGCGCUUUCCAGCAUUCCACAGGAAUCUGAUGUAUCUGUACUCGUGAAAACUCCUAUUAAUUCAUUAAUAUACAGCGAACCCAUAUAUAUGCACAUCAAUAAAGUCCCUGCUACUUUUCUGUAAAAAGAGUAAUGUCUGACAAAAAUCCAAACCUGACACCGCUGAUGUGAGCUUCAUCUCUACUAGAUAGCGUUUCCUUCAUCUGAACUGCAGUCAGUAUAGUUUUCCGAGAAAACAUUGGUGCAAAUGUACUGGUGUAAGGUUACGUUAGCGAUAAAUUAAAGUUUUAUAAUUUCCCUAUACUUUUUGUUGUACUCUUAUCCCUUCGUUUAGAUCUGUGUACACUUUUUUUCUUCAUAAUCAGGAUAGAACUAGGCACAAAUGUACGUUGACCUGCUUUGUCAUUAUUGUAUAAGCAGGAUGAAGUGAAAAUAACAAGAUGAAUGGCAAAAGUGAUCGAAAUAAUGUGGCAGGGAUGGUAGUGAGGAAGGUUGAACAUUAGAAAUGUGGUUCGAGAAGACAGAGUGAAAAAGUCUAUAUCAUGGAAUGCUUGAACUUAGGAUAAAUAAUGAAUGCAUCUGCUCCAUUGCAAGUGAUUGUGAUCGAUUUUUUUUCAAAGUCCCCGACUACUGAUCUUGAUUAUCAUGAGGACCCCAACCAAGUAGUCUGCAUUUACCAAAAUGGCUCAGACCAACAGUCAGUGACUUCAUCGACUGAUGCCAUGUUCUGGCUUAGAUGCCUACAGGUUUCUUCCAUCUUACUCCUGCUCUACCCAACAUUUCAUGUCGAUUUUUUCAGUGGUUUGUCAUGCUUGACACGUCCAGACCAAUUUAGUUAAUGAAGGUUCACAACUUCACCAACCUAUUUGUCAAGUGUUCCUGGUACUUAACUCACUCGGUCGUUCCUCAAAACAUGAACAAUAUUUCUAAGACACCUGUGAUCAAAAAUGUGAGGUGCAUGUAUGUCUUUUACUUUCAGUCAUAAAGUAAUAUAGAGCGGAUUGUUGUUCAGUUUACACACCCUUUAUUUGGUAGAUGGAUAUCUCUCCAGAGCCACACCUAGGUGUAGUUCAGUUGACACUGUUCUUAUUAUUCCUACCCGUUAUCUUAUUCAGAUGAGAAACAGUUUUCAUAUACAUUUCCCAUGGAAAUUUGACAAAAGAACGUGUAUGAAUCUACAUUCACUAUAUGCAAAUGAUACAAUUUUCUUGUGUUAUAUAGUUACUGGUUUUGGAACUUUUCCACACAGAUGAUGUAACUGGAAAAGGGGAUGAUGUGACUGCAUUUAUGACUGCAGUUGCACAGGACGCACAAGAACGUGCUGAGCGACGAGCUAAGCAACGAGAACGUGCGGAUAAACUCAAGGAUCGUGCAAAUGCAUUUUUCAAGGCUGGAAACUGUAAAAAAGCUGUUGAGUUGUAUUCACAGGCAAUCGAUGUGGCAAAGGAUUACGAUAUUUUAUAUACUAAUAGAGCUCAAGUAAGCUACAAGUAAAACUGACAGCAUUUUUUCAUGCUGAUUAUUAAAUUAAGAGAUAGGUAUGGUUUAUAAUAUGUUCUAGCCUUUACACGAUGGUAUCUUCUUAUAUCCUACAGCAUUUUUACCUUUUUAGAUAGACUUCAACAAAAAUUUCCAUACCCAAUUCUCAUAUCUCUAUAUAUUUACGGUUUUACUCCCGCUUAGCUCCGCCGGAAAAGCAAUCUAUAUUUAUCACAACUGUUUUUCUUUUGAGGUCCAUUCCUUUUUCUGGUAGUGGGUGGCUACUGAAUUAUGCCAUAUAUGAUAUACUCUCACCCAUCGUAAAUCAUAGUAUUUUGUCAACUUCACACAAAACUUCAUGAGUGUAAAGAAUGAUCCCUUUAAUGAGUUUGAAAACACAUUGUAUUUCUACAUGAAAGGUUAACAACUUUUUAAUAAAAUAGAAUAUACAUUGUGUUGCAUUCUUAUCGUUUUCUUAUUCGUCAUGAGAAUAAUUUUUAUCAGAAUCAUACAAUUUAUCAGGGUGAUAUAUUUUAUACAAUUUGAUCACAUAUUAGGUUGUUAGUGCACAUAAAAAGCACAAACAAGUGAGAUAUAUGGAAACAUAAAAAAAUGAUAAUAAGAGACUGUUAUUCACACUGCUCUUAACACUAAGAUUAAAGUCCAUAUUAUCAAAGCUUAGUUUAAGUACAACUAUUUUCUGAAUACACCAUGGAGGUUUAAAUUUCCGUAAGUAUUGGGUUUCAAUAAAUAUAGUUAUUUGACUCAGGUCACCUUUCUAUCCGUUUCAUUACAAAGGUUGGAAAACAGUUCGUCUAUCUAAAUCAAAUGGACAUGCACAGAAAAUGUAAAGGAAAUCACCAACCUGUUGGAGGAAAUACUAGGAAUGAGUGAAAAAACCAUGAGCUGUACUUCUUACCUCGGAAAAGUUCAUAUUUACCUUAUUGUUGAACUAGUAGCACUCCAGAAUAUAUUUCCCAACUACUAAGCGGUUAGAGAUGUUUGAUAAGGCUACUGAAAGUCUCUCGCAGUGGCGCAGUUGGGUUAAUUCCUUACCUCCCUUUAAAUUUUAAGUCGAGUGUUAUUCCGUGCUUUUUAUUCGUUGACUUCAUUCGUCCCUUGAAAUUUACUACGCAUUCUGCACAAAUCCACGACGUCACUUUCAAAUUUGAUUUAAUUAUUCAACAAACCAUUUUUUUAUCAUUAGUAUAUACGUGAUGAUCUUACCGUACACCAACAAUGCAUACUUUGAGUUAAAUUCCCUUAAACGUUUCAUGUAUUCUGACUGCAUUAGUUGUGCCUCCUACUCUUAGAGUAUUAAAAAAUCGCUGCAAUUAGCUGAUUAUUUUAUCAUAGUUCGGAAUUUUCUGCUUAUUCUACACGGAAUGUAAAUGACAAAAAUUAGGGUUAUCUUUUGUCCCUCCAUAGAGAUUUCACUAGAAAUCAGGAUUAAUGUAACUCUAAAAAGGUCCUUGCACGCAAUUAAUUUACUACCGAUUUCUAAUUUAAGCAUAGAAACAGAUUGGUCUGUAUGCAACUGUUUUUGUAUUUGGAUUGUAAGAAUAACUCACCGUAUUCAUGUAUCACUCAAUGGGUUCAGAAGAUCACAUUUCAUUGAAAGUCUCAUGUGACGAAAAUUGAGCAGCAGUUGGCAGUACGCUUAUGUUUAGAUGUAUUCCACAUUAAUUAAUAUGGAUUCCAUACAUCAUCAGGGUACUAACAGGUCUCUAAUAACAGAAAGCUUAAUAACAGUUUAUGUAAAGUGUAUAGGAAGGUUUUCUUAUCAUAAUGAAUCUAUAUUAAGUCAAAAUCUCUGGAUUACUUCGUCUAGACAAGUUGCUAAUAUCUACUAAACCAUUAACAAUGUCAGUUGUUCGCGGGAGUAGAUCACUUCUAAACAUAUGUCAAUGUUUAUCGAUAUGCCAUAACCCUGAAUGCCUUUUCAAUUAUAAACAUGUAAGCACAUUAAACGGAAACCAUGAAAAUUCCUAAGCCUUUCUUGCCUCAAAACAAUAGUAUCGACUUUAAAAUGCUAGAUUGGUAUCAGUUAGUGAACAGUUAUUGACUUUCUCACUUUACUGAUGUCUUAUUCUGCUUCAUACCGUUCUGUAUCUUGUAAAGAAGUAGACACUUUUAAUGAUUAGUUUAUGUUAUUUGUUAUAAAAUCAUUUGAAAGUUGUUAUGUAAGUUGUGUCCUGUUUUCAAGUGAAGUAACUAUUCGCUUCAUAAUAUAUUAUAACAUUAUUCUAGUCACACUGUAAUUAUGAAGACACAAAUUUUUCCUUUUAUAAUCGGUCUGAGAAUUACUAGACAUCCGUCAUUUCAAAAAAAAGUGUUGUACAGUUUUUCAUAGGAUAUUAAACCAUCAAUGAUCUAUCGACAGAGAGUUUUAUGGACAUUUAUCAAACUUAACCGUAAACACACGUAUACAUUCACAUAAUAACAAUAUUCGUUAAGUUUUCGGGCACAUUUUCCACAAAUUAAUCACUUUUCAGGGUUAAAUACUAACUUUAAAAACCUUUAUAAUUAAAAACAUUCACCUAUGUUGUUCCUGCAUCGAUGCUUUUAUUUUCGGGUUCUCUUUCUUAAUAUUUAGGCCUAUCUUCGUCUUGGUCAGCCUGAUUUAUCACUAAAAGAUUGUGACACUGCUUUACUACUAUUUCCAGAAGCUGAAAAACUAAAUUCUGAUAUAAAAUCUACAAUGGUGAAUAAUAAUAAUCGUGAUGUUGUUUCUAAUCCUCGUCUAGCUAAAGUUUAUUUACAUCGUGGUAAAGCAUUAAUGUCCCUUAAUCGACCAUCAGAAGCACUUUCCGCAUAUUCAUUAUCUCGUUAUUAUUCAGCAUCAAAAACUGAAAAAUAUACGUCGACAAAACUGAAUAGUGAAAAAUGGCCAAAUUAUUUGAUUGAAUAUGUUUCACAAGCUGAAGCUGCUUUAAUUGCUCAAGAAGCCGAUGCAAAAGCUGAAGCAAAUUUCGCCCAAUCAGCCAUAGGCUUUAAAUUAAAUGUGAAUGAUGAAAACUCGAAUAAUAUUCCUUCUAGCCAACAACUUUUAAGUCUCCUAGCUCAAUUAGCUCGAAGAAAUCAAAAUUCUAGAUACUAUAGCGCAGGGUUACGCUAUAUGAAUCGUCUUUUUAUGAAUGCCCCGAAAACUAAGCCUACAACAACCACAGAAUUAAACAAUACAGUUUAUGACUCAAAAAUUGGACCUUCAGAAUCUUUUAACUGUAAUUCAGAAAAAAAGAAAUCUAAUAAAAAAAGCAAAGGUGCACAACAUAACUCACCAAUUUCUGAUGAUUCCAGUAGUAUCAACAUCGAUAAUCAUCUGUCCACUGAAACUUUGUCAGAGCUACAAACGAUUUUUCGCAUAAAAAGUGGAUUUAGCCUUCUGGGUAAAGAAGUUGAUGCAAUCUAUCAAAUUUUCAAUCCAGAUAAUAUUUAUGAAAAAGAGAUGUUAAUGCAACAAUCAAAUGUCAAUACAUCUAAUCAAAAUAAUGACAUAACUGGAAAUGGAAGAGAAGAUAAUGGUGUAAAUGAAACCAAUUCUAACUCAUUACUUGAUGAAUCUGAGAGAAUGCUUGCUUUACUUAAUCUAGCAGAUCAUUUAACAACAAAUUGUGCAGAAAAUCAACGAUUACUCAUUGAACAUCAACCGAAUUUAAUUAAAAUUACAUUUGCUUGUAUUAAUUUAUCACCUGAGUUUGUUCAACGUAUAACACUUCAUUCAACAAUAACACCGUCGUCAUUGUCAUCGGAAAAUAUCAACUUAACAAUAGAAAAACAACGAAGCCAACAUAUUCUUGGUGCACUUAGACUAGCUGCUUGUAAUUUGUUGGUUAAUUUGACUUCAUUACCAAGUGGUCGACAAUCUUUAUUAGAUAUGUAUGGACCUGGUCCUAUUCUGACAAGUUUAGCAAGUUGUUUAUCCACUUCAAUGUCCAAUUCCUGUCAAGUGACUUCUCCAAACUUAACACCAACAAACACUUCAAGUUUAGCUGAUGCAGCACGUGGAUUAGUUGGCCGUUUGUCGGCAUCAUCUGGAUUAGCUAGUACAACAAAUAGUAAUAAUAUAGACACGGCUAAAUCCAAUUUAAUUUCAUCGACAAUAGCUUCAGUUUGUGCUACAAAAGCUGCACAAAUAUUGGAGUAUUUAACAGAAAGUUCAAGAUUCCUUAUACUUGCUCGAUCUUCUAGUGAAGGUUUACAAGGUCUUUUGUCAAUCAUUGAGUCUGCUUUAACUUCUUCAUCUCCAACUACUAAUACCAAUCAACCAUCAUCGACAACAUGCCAGUGUCUAGCUACUUUGUUAGACAGUUUAGGCAAUGCUUGCCAAGAUCGUACUUUUCAAAAAACUAUUCUACAAAGUCGUAAAGCUUUAUUAUUCGGAUUAUCUAAUUGUCUUUCAUAUCAUGUCCCACUGCUGAGUGAUGCUAGUCAUGCUUGCUUAAUCGCUUCAAUCUGUCGAUUAUUACAUAAUAUUUAUGUGGGACAAUUGGAUCAGCGAAUGGUGUCUAAUAACGAUAGCUUCAGUUUGUUAGAUACUCCAAAUAAUGAUUGUUCAACAUCUUGUUUAACAUCAAGCAAAUUAGUUAAUUCUUUACUGAAUGGUAUUGGUGCUAUUUUAGAUCAAAUUGGUCAUGGACCAGAAUUGAGAGCUGUAGUUGUUGCUUUAGCCGGAAGAUUAUUACCUCUGUGUCAUGAUACUAAUCAACUUACAUCUUGGUUUGGAGAGCCUACAACUGAGUCAAUUAACGACUUAACACCACGAACUCGUCUACUUCUUGCAAUUUUAGAUAGCUGUUCAUUAGAUUCGUGUUCUAAACGUAAUCCUGUCAAUCCAUCAUCCGUAAAUGGUGAACAACAACAAUUAAAUGGAAAUAUUUCACAGUCGAAAAAUGAAACAAACAAUAUGACAUCUCAUUUAAUUACUGGAUGUAUUCGUUGUUUAGCUUCGGGUACUAAUCAUUCAAUUAGUUUACGUUAUGCAAUUGGUGAUGAUAGACGACGUGUUCGACGUUUAGCACGUUUUAUUCGUGCACGAUUAUCGGAAUACACAAUUCAAUCACCAGUUAUUUGUAAAUUGAAUGUUUCAUCAAAUCAACUACCACCUAGAGAUGAACCAUUGGCAGGAAAUGUUUGUUUAGUUUUACAACAUUGUGCUUCAGAUACACCAUUAGCUGAACAUCUUCAAGGUACUUCAGUAAUAUAUGAUUUAUUAUCACUGAUACAAGAAAGUCAACGAUUAGAUACUAAAAGGAAUGCAGCAAUACUUAUUGGUAAAUUAGCUCAAUCAAGUCAAGUACAUCGAGAUGAACUUUCACGUUUAGAUGGUUAUAGUGUAUUAACACCAUUUAAUUCAUGGACUGCAGCAUUGGAACGUUGUUAAACAUACAUAAAUAUGGAUAUUAUUUUAGGUGUCUUUCAUUAAAGUUGACAUUAUUUCCAGUGAUACAUUUACUCUUGAUCAACAUUAAUUAUUAAACAAGUGUUCAUAUUAGAAAAUUCCUGGAACUUGUUUAACUUACAUUGUUUGUUUUUCUCUUCAUUAUUCUAUUUUAAAAACAGAAACUUUUUUGUCUAUCUAAUUGUGUAUAGUGUGUGUGUGUGUGAUGGUAAUGUUUAAUAUGAGGAUUCGUCAUCAGAAAUGUGUGAUAAUAAUGUGCAUGAAAUAGUGGGGAUUAUGUCAGAAACAUUACAGACAAUUGUUUUAAUAUAUAUACUAGUGAAAUUUCCCGGCAAUAGGAACCCGUGCUCUUUUUAAAUAACAGAAGAGUUGAAUUUUAUAAGUGUCAUUAUUUAUUAUUAUUAACUUGAAAACAUUUCCCGGAAAUUAUUCAACAUUCUGAAAGACUUUGUUUUUGUUUUCAGGAUUUCUUUUUAUACAAAAGUUCACAUUAGUUUUAAUCUUCAUCAAAUCGUAUAUACAUGAUAUUAUUUUUACAUUGAAAACCUAAUUUUUCAUAAAAUCCAACUUUUUCAUUACU